GCGGGAUACGCGGAUGCAAAAUGUGAUGAGGUAUAAAGUCUAGCAUAUGGCCGCCAUGCCUAAGCUAUCAAUCACUUUCUCUACCACCCUCUUCACGAUAAACCUCCUCGCCGAAUACUCACAAUGGUUUCUCGUGUCUUCCUCGUUAGCGGCUUAACUGCCGUCGCCGCAGCAGCUCAAUCACAAAUACCAGUUGUCUCCUUGGCCGACGGAGCCAAGUGUGGCUGCACUCAGCUUUCGGCAACGUACGGCAACCUCACGCUCUUUGAUAACUCUACAGAUUACAGCACCGAGAUAAUCAAUUUCUGGGAUAUACGAUCCGACUUGAGUCCCCACUGCAUUUUCCAGCCGGAGACAGCAGCUCAAGUGGCCGAUGCUGUCAAGAUAUUCUCAUCCUGUGGCACUCAAUUCGCCAUUCGUGGAGGUGGCCAUAUGAAUUAUCCUGGCGCAAAUAACAUCAAUGGCGGCGUUUUACUCACGCUCAACGGAUUAGCCGAAACUAAAGUUGACGAGAAGGCCUCUACGAUCGAAGUCGGACCGGGUUGCAAGUGGGUGGAUGUGUAUGGUGCACUUGCUCCGUACGGGCUAUACACCAUCGGUGGCCGUAUGAAGACCAUUGGCGUACCAGGAUUAUCGCUCAUUGGAGGAUUCCACUACUUGAUUAACAAGUAUGGCUACACCAUGGACAAUAUCCUGGGCUACGAAGUCGUCUUAGGAAAUGGUACCCAGGUCACCGCUAACGCCAAAUCGAACCCCGAACUUUUCUGGUCACUGAAAGGAGGAGCAAACAACUUCGGAGUUGUCACCAAGUUCUUGUUCAAGGCCUACCACAUCCCGCAAGUCAGCACCUCCAUACAUAUCUACAACGAAUCCGCCAUAACCGACUUCAUACAAGCAACGGUGGAUCUUAACAAUAACAACGGUCCGGAGAUUGGUGCCGGUGCUUUCAUCACCAUAAGUUACAACGCCACAACCAAGGCCGUUUCUGCCACAUUCUUUGGCGUCCAAGAGGGCACAGAAUCACCACCGUCUCGAUUUGCCGGCUUUGCCAAGAUUCCCUCCGUGUCCACCAUCCACAACGUGACUACACCGAAGCAAUGGCACUCCCAGCUUGAGACUCCCAAUCAGAUGUUCCGUAUCCAAUUCGGACAUCACACCAUGAAGCCCGACGCAAAGCAAGUAAACCGCAUCUACCAGGGCUGGAAGAAGGCAGUCGAUAGCCUCAGUGACGUUCAAGGGCUCCAACCAACCCUCGCUCUCAACAUCAUGCCCAAGAGCUCCAUGAGCGUAGCCAAGCACAAUGGUAUUGGCAACACUUGGGGUCUGGAUGAUUGCGACAACCUGCUGAUUUGGCAAUUUGCUACUGGCUGGGCUAACGCUGACGAUGACCUACGCGUGACCAACUGGGCCAAGUCGCUUUUGGAGUACUGGCACGAGGACACCAAGGCCAGGGGCCUCGCCUCUGAAUUCUUAUACAUGGGCGACUCUGGCGAAUUCCAGGACCCUUUCUCUAGCUACCCCGUUGCCAAUGUUAAUCGCCUGUUGAAGGCUCGCGCCAACUACGACCCUCUGGGUGUCUUUUCUCGCCUGAACUGGGGUGGAUUCAAGCUUCCUGCUUAAGCGAUUCUUGUGGUGGUAAAUAUAUGCGCGAGUGUCUUCGCAUGUAUAGGUGCCUACCAACCUACUUUAUAUAUAUUCUUAUCUGCCUUGGGGCCAAAUACCUAGUAUGAAUAACGAUCGAUACAUUCUUGAUAGAAAACCUUCCCCCGUUGCAAUUCCUUUUAACAUAGACUACUUACUACCUAUUUAAUACACAUGUCUUCUGUGAUGUGGAUAGGUACCUCCAGGGCUACCUAGAAAAUUAUUUCUGUGGCCAGCGACAGCUGAGUUCGUAAACCAUGGUAUCGGUCAUGGUCUCAUCCCCGCCCCCCUUCUUGCGGCUCUGCUUUCCCCGUGCCACACACAGCCCCUGGAUUAGGCUGCCAGGGUUACAUAUUAUGUAACAUAGGACUUACACAUGUAUAAUCUAUGAAUCUCGCUAGAUUCGUGAAUCUCCGGUAGACCAAGUCUUCC